GAUUGGACGUCAAUGUCGAAGAAAAAUGUGAAACGUUGACUAGGGUUUACGUUUCAAGUGGUCAAGUGUGUUCUGUCGGGCAGUAUGGGAUCAGUAGAGAUAGGUGAACUUUUUGAAAGCUCCAGAUUACGUUGCACAUGGAGUCUUCUACCUUUGGUGAUGUAUUUCCCACUAGGCAUAGUUUUGGCAUUGGUUCGUUUCUUCAUUGGCCUGCACACUUUUUUGAUCUCCAAACUGUUACCAAAGUCUCUGACAGUCAGAAGGUAUAUAUUACGGACCAUGUGUGUAGUGCUAGGCAUUGCUGUCAGAACAGAAUGUGCAGGAAAACGUAGUAAAAGUGCCAAAAUUCUUGUAACCAAUCAUAUCAGCCCGUUGGAUCACCUGGCUGUUAACCUGGUUCUUCCUAAUGUUACACCCUGUGUAUGGGACAUUCCAGAUGGCUUAGCUUGGGCUAUGGGUUUCAAAGACAUGGGAGUUCGACAAGGUAGAGACACACUUCUCAGAAAUGUCACAAAACACUGCCAAGAUUCCAGUCUUCCAGUUUUAUCACACCCUGAAGGAGCAUCAACGAGUGGAAAAGUGGGACUGUUAAAAUUUAGUACCUGGCCAUUCAUGUUGGAUCAGUCUGUUCAGCCACUGACUCUUACAAUUUCAAGGUUGCCAUUUUUGCAGAUAACUGUGUCUCCUCUUGGCAGCACUUGGUGGGCGGAUUUGUUUUGGGUGCUCUUCCUGCCAUACACACUGUUUACUGUAAAAUAUUUGCCAGUUUUAACCAAGGAAGAAGAAGAGACAGUGGAGGCAUUUGCAAAAAGAGCACAAGAAGCAAUAGCCAAUGAUCUGGGGCUGCAAGUUACAUCUCAUUCAGAUGCCGACAAAGUAGAGUAUGCCAAGAGGAUGUUGUUUGAGAGAAGUCAAGGUGAAGCACAAGGAAAGUCAUCUUCCAGCGGUACAGAGGAAGUGAGUGGUACAGCCAGUGCAGCCCUUGACCCCAUUCCAUUGGCUGACCCAGAAACUAGACGUAUGGUAAAACAGGUUAAAGAUGUUUUGCCCCAUGUACCGGCCGCUGUCAUCAUGUCAGAUCUUGAAAAGACGAGGAAUGUUGACGUGACUAUAACAAACCUUGUGGAGGGUAAAGUGGAGUACACUUCUAUUGAACCUGGUCAGUCUUCAGAAACCAAGAAUUCUGCCCUGACUCAAACCAGGUUUGCAGCAGAUAAAUUUGGGAAAAGCUCAAAUGAACGGCAGAUGUCCUUUCAAGAUCGCAAGAAGGCUAUGCUUGAAACAGCUAGAAGGAAGUUCUUGGAGAAACAUGCUCUCUUGUAAUGUUAUGCUGUCAGAAUUUUGGGGCAAAAUUGUAAACAGGUUGAUGCCUGGCAGGUACAUAUACAUCUAUGAUUUGUGGAUUUCGUUAGCUCAUCGAACCCUGAGAGGACAGAAUGGGACUAAAAUCAAUUUAUAUUUGACAUUUAUGACAUGCGUGUAAAUAUCUUAUAGAAACACCAAUCUUCCACAUCUAUUUUUGCCCUGGUGAAGUUCAUUGUCUGUACCAUCAGUGUUAUCCCAGAGGACUAUCACAGUGUGCCUUCCGUGGGUUUUGACAAACUUGUUCCAAGGUACCUGAGAAAGAGAUAAA